UGGCGCCGGGAGAUUCGAGCCCUGACCGCGGUCUCGAGUUAAAUAACACCGCCGUGUGAACUGGAAGUAACCCCUAAAACCCCCACAGCACGACCGGUUUGAUCUGUCACUUUGCCGCGGAGCCAUGUUGUUACCUGCUGCGGUGUUUCAGAGCGGGAUCAGCGACUGUUAAACCUUCCAUACAGAUGGAGGCCAUGGAGGUAGACUCCCCUAUGGAGAUCCGAGGAGGAGGCAGCGGGCAGCCCGAGUCUGCUGCUGCAGGUCGGGCCGGGGACGCCGGCGCACCACUCGUCAUCUCAGAUUCCGCCAGCAGCACCGAGGUGGACGAGGACGAUGAUGACGGCGACAAUGAAGGAGGACAGGCGGCGGCUCGGACCCCUCCCAGGCUCCCCGCAACCUGGGCAUUUAGUCAGAGGGCGGUGGGCAGGACUGCAGCUACGCCAUCAGCAGCUCAAGGGGCGCCCAUACGGAGGAGACUCAGGCAGGGCCUCAGGGUGCACUACCCCAGCCAGACUGCUGCGCCUUCCAGAGGCUUCCCAGACUUCCUGCUCCGAGCGCCGGCUGCGAGCGUGGUGGAGCCGGAGUCCGGCAGCACCACGGAGGUCAGCGAGUCCGACGAGGAAGACGAGGCAGAGGACGAAGGGAACGAAGGAGGCACAUCUGCCGCUGUGCUGCCCAUCGACCCCGCCCCGCCCGCCAGUCCUCACCUCAAUGCCUCCACCCAUCACACACAACCACAGGAUGCCGGUUCAGCCAACUCUGGUGCAGCUGCAGACAACGAGAGGACAGAAGCUCAACAUCAGAGCGUCCAGUUGGUCCCGGCAGCCUCGGCCUCCACCCAGCCGUCUCAGAGUGAGGAGGGCGAAGGCGACACCUGCACCAUCUGCUUCGAGUCGUGGACGACAGCCGGCGAACACAGACUGUCCGCCCUGCGCUGCGGACACCUCUUCGGCUUCACCUGCAUCCAGCGCUGGCUGAAAGCUCAGGGCCCGGCCGCUAAAUGUCCACAGUGUAACAAGAAAGCGAAGCGCUCAGACAUCGUGCUGCUGUACGCGCCAAAGCUGAGAGCGCUGGACAACUCUGAGCAGGAGAGCUUAAAGAGGUCUCUGGAGCAGGAGCAGUCUCUGAGGAGGAAGGCUGAACUGGAAUCAGCUCAGUACAAACUCAAGCUGCAGGUCGUCGCCAACAAAUGUGGACAAGUGGAACAAGAGCUGCAGGAGCUGAGGGCUCUGAUGGCUCAGGCUCGUAGAGGCUCGGCUCCCUCCUCCUCCUCCUCGUCCUCCUCCUCUUUCUCGGGGUCCGCCUCCCUCCUCGGUUUGUCUCAGAGGGCCGACGGCUCCAGGACGGCUCAGUACAGCUUCGCCAAGGCGGUGUUGGUGUCUCAGGCCGGAGGCUGCAGGGUGUUAUCGUACUGCGAGCCUCUCAGCUGUCUGCUGGCCUCACAGCCUUCCCCUCAGCCCACACUGGUCCCCGGUUGUGGGGUGAAGAAGGUGAGUGUGGUGAACAUGAAGGCGAGUCAUUACGUCCCCAUCCACAGCAAACAGAUCCGAGGUCUGUCCUUCAACAGACAGAACGACAGUCUGCUGCUGUCCGCCGCUCUGGACAACACCAUCAAACUGACCAGUCUGCUGACCAACACAGUGGUUCAGACCUAUAAUGCAGGUAAACCCGUGUGGAGCUGCUGCUGGUGUUUGGACAACAGCAACUACGUCUACGCCGGCCUGAGCAACGGCUCGGUGCUCGUCUACGACACCAGAGACACCAGCACGCACGUCCAGGAGCUGCAGCCGCUUCGCUCCAGGUGUCCGGUGGCGUCUCUGUGUUACGUCCCGAGGGCGGCGUCCAGCUCGUUCCCCUGCGGCGGGCUGAUCGCAGGGUCUCUGGAGGGCGGGUGUUUCUGGGAGCAGGUCAGCGAGGACAACUACAGGCCGCACGUCCUGCCGCUGGAGACGGCCGGCUGCACCGACAUCCAGGUGGAGACGGAGAGCCGCCACUGUCUGGUCACGUACAGGCCGGGUCGCUCCAACCCGUCUCUGCGCUGCGUCCUGAUGUCUCUGACCCGGGCGCCACAGCAGGACUCCGCCCAGCUGCCCAGCUGCUCCUGCGCUCCGGUGCAGACGUUCAACGCCGGCUCGUCCUGCAAACUGCUCACCAAGAACGCCGUCUUCAGGAGUCCAGACGGAGCGGGGACGCUGGUCUGUGCCGGGGACGAGGCGUCCAACUCCACCAUGGUGUGGGACGCCGGCAGCGGCUCUCUGCUCCAGAAGCUCCCGGCCGACCUGCCGGUGUUGGACAUCAGUCCGUUCUCGGUGAACGGCGAGCACUUCCUGGCGUCGCUGACGGAGAAGAUGCUGAAGCUCUACAGGUGGGAGUGAGCCUCUGGUUUGAUCCAGAGAAGAAGAAAACAGACACGGUCGGAGCACAAGGAGAGGAUCCGACUGCGCUGGAAAUCAAAUGCUGCUAAACUUUUAUCUGUACGUUUACACACAAAAAAACA